AUGGGCGUGACAGGGGCCGGGAAGAGCACCUUUAUAUCUGAACUUGUUAGCAAUAACAAGGUCAUGAUAGGCCACACGCUCAAGUCUGCCGCCUACCACUUCGAUCAUGAAAUCUAUGGUCGGAUCGAGCUCCUCGACACGCCGGGUUUCGACGACACCUUUUCCGCCGACACGGAUGUGCUGCGUGAGAUUGCAGCCCGCAUGUCCAAGAUGUACAAGGACGGCAAGAAGCUGGCGGGCAUCAUAUACCUGCAUCGCAUAUCAGACAACCGCAUGACGGGCUCGGCUCUCCGGAAUCUACGCAUGUUCAAGGAACUUUGCGGCGCGAACGCGUACAAACACGUUGUGCUGGCCACGAGCAUGUGGUCCAAGGAGGACUUUGGUGUGGCUAAACGACGGGAGCACGAGUUGAUUGGCGACGGUGGCUUCUGGGCCGAAAUGGCCGCGAGGGGGAGCCCUGUUCGGCGAUGGUAUAACCGUGAUUCGGUACUUGAGCUCAUCGACCUGCUCAUGACGGAGAAGCAAGCACACGGUCCUGCCACGCUGCAGAUCCAGCGCGAGCUCGUCGAUGAAGAGAAGCGUUUGGAGCGCACUGCGGCAGGUCAAGAAGUGGACCGCGAGCUGAAUAAGAUUCGCGACAUGUUUGAAAAGCAACUGCAGAGUUUACGCAAUGAGAACAGGAUUGCCAUGGACGAACAGGACGUCGAGUGGCAGACGGCCUUGCGCGAGCAAAGGAAAGAACUCGAGAAUCAGCAGCGCCUCAUCGAGGAAGGGCAAAAAGCCAUGCAAGUCAGCCUCGCGCAGUUGCAUGAUGAGAACAGGGAAAAGUACCGUCGUGAGAUUUCGCGGCUCAGGGACGAAUUGGAAAGGGCAAAGCUGGCCGCGGAGAGAAAGGAGGCAGCGAUUGAAGCAAACGCAAACAGGUAUGAUACACUACUAAAAGAGCUGGGCAGCAAGACAGAAUCGGAACAAAAUGACAAGGAUCGGAAGGAGCUACGAGACACUGAAGAAGAAAAAAAGAAAAUUCUGGGGGAACUUGAGGAGAACAAAAAGGAGCAGAGCAAGCUGACCGCAUGGUUGCUGUUGCUCGGCCAUAUGAUAACAACGGCUACAAGUAUAGCAGUGCAACUUGUUGUUUAG